GGGGGGAGCCGUGAAAGCCCCGCAGAUCUGGAGUGCGGCGGGAGAAUCCGGAUUAAGCGUGCACACAUGUGCUGGCUGUGAAUCGGACUUCUGCCACCGAGGCUACCUUCAAAGAGGAAUUCCAGAAUGUGGCAAAGUUUAAACCACUGAUGGCUUCUUCCAGCAAGGUCUGCCAUCAUUCCACGAUGAUGGGUAGUCUGACUACUGGAGAACUGGCCCUGGAGCCUCUAAUCACAUGCAAGCUUUGUCUCUGUGAACACUCUCUGGACAUGAUGACGACUAUCCAGCAAUGCAGCUGUAUCUUUUGCACGACGUGCCUCAAGCAGUAUGUACAGCUGGCAGUCCGUGAAGGCUUUGGUUCACCAAUCACUUGUCCAGACAUGGCAUGUUCAAACAGGGGUAUCCUACAGGAAGCCGAGAUUGCUUGUUUAGUUCCCAUUGAUCAGCUACACUUGUAUCAAAGGCUAAAACUUGAAAAAGAAGUCCAUUUGGACCCGUGCAGAACGUGGUGCCCUACUGCCGAUUGCCAUACUGUGUGCCUGAUAGAAGGGGGUGAUUCAGCCAUACCUGUACCAGUGGAAUGUCAUGUUUGCCUCAAAACAUUUUGCUCUACCUGCAAAAGUACUUGGCAGCUUGACCAUUUGUGCCAAGCAAGUAAGGCGGUUGCUGUACCUGCUGAAAAAGAUAUUCUUAUUGGAAGAGAUGUUGAUGCUGCUAUCAAACAGUGCCCUGUUUGCAAGAUCUACAUAGAGAGGAAUGAAGGGUGCGCCCAAAUGAUGUGCAAAAACUGUAAGCACACGUUCUGCUGGUACUGCUUGCAAAAUCUAGAUAAUGAUAUUUUUCUGCGACAUUAUGACAAAGGUCCUUGUAGAAACAAACUUGGACACUCACGGGCCUCUGUAAUGUGGAAUAGGACUCAGGUCGUGGGGAUUCUUGUGGGCUUGGGUAUCAUUGCAAUUGUCACUUCACCUUUGCUUCUCUUGGCAUCACCAUGCAUCAUCUGCUGUGUCUGCAAGUCGUGUAAAGGCAAGAAGAAAAAACACGGCCCACCACCCACAGCCUAGCGAGGUGUGCACUUGUGCUCUUAAUGUGUAAGGGCAAAGCGGUUUGAUACUCUGUGUACAGCCCCAGGGGAGGCCUUCAACAUUGUAUGACUUUGGACAAUGUUUUUUUGCACAAAUCAGUGUGGAAAGAGAUGGCAGUGCCAUUGCCGAAUGUAUUUCAGAUGAGGAAUAUUGAUAAAAAAGGGAAAAAUCCAGUUUAUAGUUAUAAAUGCAUAUUGCUUAUGCCAAGUCAAAAAAAGUCUGUUUUUCACUUUAUCCAGUGAAGGGCCCUAUAUAAUGAACCAAUUUUUCUGGUAACAAUACAAAAAAAAGGCUUUUGUUUCUCCAUUAAGGGAGAACAUACUUGUUCGCCAAUAUGUGCAAUGAUUGAACAGCCUACCGAUUACAUAUUGUACCUGUUUACAUAACAAUGAAUAAUAUAUAUUUUUUAAGAAAAAAGCAUGUACUUCCACCAGAGAUAAUGUAUAUACACACAAUUACAAUAUAAUUGCACUGGCUGCAAUAAAUAUAUAUAUAUAGAUAUAUAACAUCUUUGAAUAUUUGCAUUCGUGGUCUGGACCACCACUGAAGUAAUAUUUGUGGAUUUUUAUGUAUGCAGAUUGUUUCGGGCA